AGGCGAGGGGCGGAGCUGUCCGUGGUGGAGAGCGGAGCGGAGCGGAACGGAAUGGAGCGGAGAGGAGCGGGGGUUCCAGUUCGCUGCCCUCCCGGCGAAGAAAGGGGGAACCGGGCAAAACGCACCGGGAAAAGGUGUUCGAGCCGUAACUCUAAUAGAAAACGGGGUUGCCCUUUUUGUUUCUCCCGUUAAUGCAGAGCGGAAUGGAGGUUCCAUCCCGCCGUCCUCCAGGGAGAAAACCAGGACAGCAGCGCCGGGAAAAGACUUUUUUUUUGGCCUUAAUUCUAAGAAAAAAACGACUUGCUGUUUGCUCGUUUGCCUGUCUGCCCCGUUAAAACGCAGCGCUGGGCGCUGUCCCAUGGCUGCGCCCCAUCUCUCAUCUCCCAACGCCGUCCCAUUGUGGGAUCUGCGCCGGGACCCGACGCGGCACCGGCCCCGCCAGCAUUGACCCCUCGGUUUAAUCCGAUUGAUUCUAUGAAUAGCAGCCAGGAGCACGGGGGGGGGGAUCGGGGGCUGCACGUCUCAUCCCGCCCCGAUCGGGCGCUCACCGCUCCGCACAUCUCCCAUUGGGAUCCACCGUGCCCCCCCCCCAGCCCCCAUGGCCGCUCUGUUCGCCGGGAAAGUGUUGAUCGUCAACAACAGGGACCGGGAUGAGGUGGAGACGGAGCGGGAGCUGGGCUUGGCCCUGGAGAACAGGGUGAUGCUGCUGUAUUUCGGGGAGGCGGAAUGCCCGCGGUGCCGGAGCUUUGCGCCGCGGCUGAAGGAUUUCUUCGUGCGGUUGACGGAUGAGUUCUACGUGGAACGGGCGUCGCAGCUGUGUCUGGUGUACGUGUCCCGAGAUGCCACCGCGCAGCAGGAGGAGGCAUUCCUGAAGUCCAUGCCCAAGAGGUGGCUGUCGUUGCCCUUCGGGGAUGAGUUCAAGAGGGAACUGGAGCUGCGCUUUGCGGUGUCCGAGGUGCCCAGGGUGGUGGUGCUGAAGCCCAAUGGGGAUGUCAUUGUUGGGAACGCUGUGGAUGAGAUCACCAGCAUGGGUCCUGCCUGCUUCCAGAACUGGCAGGAGGCGGCCGAGCUGGUGGACAGGAAUUUCCGAUUGGCGGAGGAUUUCGAUGACUGCGCCAGGAGAAGCAUCACCGACCCCCUCCGCCGCCUCAAGUACAAACUGGGCAAGAGGGAGGAAUCCAGGAGUGAAGAGCAGAAAGAGGACGAUGACGAGUCCUUGUAGGGGCUAGCUGGGACAUCCCUUGUGUUGCUGUCCCAACGUGAUUGGUUGGGGACAUCCCUUGGGUUGCUGUCCCAAUGUGAUCAAUUAGGGAUGUCCCUUGGGUUGCUGUCAACAUGAUUGAUCAGGCAAGAGGGAGAAAUCCAAGAAUGAAGAGUAGAAAGAGGACGGUGAUGAGUCCCUGUAGGGGCUUGCUGGGACAUCCCUUGGGUUGUUGUCCCAGUGUGAUCGACUGAGGACGUCCCUUGGGUUGCUGUCCCAAUGUGAUCGACUGGGGACAUCCCUUGGGUUGCUGUCCCAGUGUGAUCA